AUGGGGAGAGGAGGAGGGGUGGACGUGGGAGGAGGAGGAGAAGGCUCUAGGGACCGUCUGUCGCGGGACAGGCUGGCCAGCUGGGGCUCUAAGCUGGGAGGAGGUGGCAGUAGCGGGGGCGGCGGCAGCAGAGGCAGAGGCAGCGGCAACAGCAGCAGCAAAAGAAACAAGUACCAGCCACAGAGCGGCUUCUCCCGCCUGAGCUGCCUCAGUCCCCUAGCCGCGAUGGCGCUGCAAAACCCCGCCAGGGAGGAAGCCAAGGGGCCCUGGCAGGAGACAGAGCAAGAAUUGCAGGAGCCGGUGGGUCUCCCGGAACCAGAACCCGAACCUGAGCCUAUGCCAGUGCCCCCGCCUGAGCCCCAACCCGAGCCCCAGCCUCUACCGGACCCCGCACCCUUGCCAGAGCUGGAGUUAGAGCCUGAGCCUGAGCACGAACGUGAGUCCACGCCCACGGUGGAUACUCGCGGCUCUGCGCGCGGCUUCCAGCCCCCCGAAGGUGGCUUCGGUUGGAUGGUGGUCUUCGCUGCCACCUGGUGCAACGGCUCCAUCUUCGGCAUUCAGAACUCGUUCGGGAUCCUCUACUCCAUGCUGCUUCAAGAGGAAAAAGAAAAAAAUCACCAAGUGGAAUUCCAAGCAGCAUGGGUAGGAGCCCUUGCAAUGGGAAUGAUCUUCUUCUGUUCUCCCAUCGUGAGUAUAUUCACUGACCGUUUGGGUUGUCGAAUCACAGCUACCACAGGUGCUGCUGUUGCUUUCAUUGGUCUCCAUACCAGCUCCUUCACCAGCUCCCUAAGCCUGCGAUACUUCACCUAUGGGAUUCUCUUUGGUUGUGGCUGUUCCUUCGCCUUUCAGCCAUCUCUCGUCAUCCUGGGUCACUAUUUCCAACGCCGCCUGGGUCUGGCCAAUGGUGUGGUGUCUGCUGGGAGUAGCAUCUUCUCCAUGUCUUUUCCCUUCCUCAUCAAUAUGCUGGGGGACAAGAUCAAGUUGGCCCAAACCUUCCAGGUGCUGAGUACCUUUAUGUUUGUUCUCAUGCUGCUUUCACUCACCUACCGACCCCUCCUGCCCAGCUCCCAGGACACCCCAAGCAAGAGGGGUGUCCACACCCUGCACCAACGAUUUCUGGCUCAGCUCAGAAAGUACUUCAACAUGAGAGUGUUCCGCCAACGUACCUACCGCAUCUGGGCCUUCGGAAUUGCUGCUGCUGCCCUUGGCUACUUCAUUCCCUAUGUACACCUGAUGAAAUAUGUGGAAGAGGAGUUCUCAGAAAUCAAGGAGACCUGGGUGCUCUUGGUGUGUAUUGGGGCUACUUCAGGCCUCGGACGUCUUGUAUCAGGCCGUAUCAGCGACUCCAUUCCUGGACUUAAGAAGAUCUACUUGCAGGUCAUCUCCUUCCUGCUCUUGGGCCUGAUGUCCAUGAUGAUUCCUCUGUGCCGGGGCUUCGGGGGCCUCAUUAUUGUCUGCCUCUUCCUGGGCCUAUGUGAUGGCUUCUUCAUCACCAUUAUGGCCCCCAUCGCAUUUGAACUGGUGGGCCCAAUGCAGGCCUCACAAGCCAUUGGUUACCUUCUGGGAAUGAUGGCCCUGCCGAUGAUUGCUGGGCCCCCCAUUGCAGGCCUUCUCCGCAACUGUUUUGGGGACUACCAUGUGGCCUUCUACUUUGCUGGUGUGCCCCCCAUCAUUGGGGCUAUAAUCCUCUUCUUCGUCCCCCUGAUGCAUCAAAGGAUGUUCAAGAAAGAGCAGAGAGAUUCCAGCAAGGACAAGAUGUUGGCUCCUGACCCGGACCCCAAUGGGGAACUGCUUCCAGGAUCCCCCACCCCUGAGGAACCCAUCUAA